AUGUUUUUUUUUUGGAUUGACACUCAUCAGUGUUUUCUUUGCAGAAGUGACACGCGCCCUCUGAAACACGAAUGGCGGCCCACACCCCUCCUAGUUCUCCACAGGAACUCAUCUGUGCCCAAUUUCCGUCGGGAAGGCAAAAGGAUGGAGGGCCUGAGGAAGCCUGGGGUGACGGCGCUGAACCGAACCACCGCCCUGCAGGAAGAGCUCAGCAGACUGAGGGCUCAGAUCGCAAAGAUUGUUGCAAGUGAUUCAGACUCUAACCCCCUCACCCCCGAGCUGCUCUCCCCUGAUGACACCAGCAUGGGGUUUUCCAUGGCCCCAUUCGAGACCGCGUCCCUCCAGCCGGCGACCGUAGCCCCCGCUUCCUUCGUCAUCAGCGACGUCACUGAGGAGGAAGAGGAGGAGGCAGAAGACGAAGAACUGGUGGAGGAAGAUGAGAAAGACGUAGUCUCCAUCGUCUCUGAGCUCCUUCCCGAUCCUCUGCCUCCCGUUUCCAUGACGGCGUCGGCCACCUUCGAUCUGGACAGGCCCAGCAUGGAUUUCCGGGAGGCGGAGGAAGACACGGUGUCUCUGUCCAAGUCCACCAGCUUCGCCGACGUCAUGGACAUCCUGAAGGACAUGAACAAAAUGAAGAUGAGUAAAGACAGGUACAACAGAGGCUGCACCUCCCUCAGAGAGGAGGACUCGGCCACGCUGAUAUCAGAAGCUCUGAGGAAAAAGUUCGUCCUGAAAGAAGAAGAUUCUGCUGCUGUGAAAAGGAAGUAGUCAAUUUAGCCAAAUCCUGCUGCUCCAUGUAAGUCAGGAUAAAGCUGACAGGAUGAGUGUUUUAUAUAUUUUUCGAACAUUUUUUUUUUCGUUAGCUUUAUAAAUUUUCAGUUUUAGGCGUUUGCCGGUACAGUUUAUGCCCACGGAUUGAAAUCCCGCCCCUUUCCCAGU